AUGAGUGAGGAGCAACUAUCAGAGACGUCUUCUUCUUCGUCAUAUGUCCCUGUUGAACAAGUGCAUGUUGAAGAUGCAGUUCAAGUUAUUGAUGAAAGUAAGCAUUUCAAUCCCGAUAUAUUGUCGUACAUUAGCAAGGCUUGCCCUCCAAAUGUAGGACACAACUACCAUAUUGUUGCCGUGUUUGGCUCUCAAUCAACGGGCAAGUCCACCUUGUUGAACAGUCUAUUCAACACCAAUUUCGAUGUCAUGAAUGAGCAAAGUCGACAGCAAACCACCAAGGGUAUCUGGUUGGCGCAGUCGCCUGCGUUAUCGACAAGUUCAGGACAAGCAGCCAACGAGGCUAGCAUCAUCGUGAUGGACGUCGAGGGUACUGAUGGACGCGAGCGAGGCGAGGACCAGGACUUUGAGCGUAAAGCAGCGCUCUUUGCAUUAUCGACAUCCGAGGUGUUGAUUUUGAACAUUUGGGAAACCCAGAUUGGGUUGUACCAGGGAGCCAACAUGGGCUUACUAAAGACUGUUUUCGAGGUAAACAUCACCUUGUUUGGCACGAGCAAGCUCGAUUCCAGCAACGAGCACAAGGUUUUGCUCUUGGUGGUCAUCAGAGAUCACGUGGGUAACACCCCAGUGGAAAACUUGGCCAAGACUGUGAAAAGUGACUUGACCAAGAUGUGGGACUCUUUACUGAAACCAAGUGAGCUUGGCCAUUUGACUUUUGACGAUUUCUUUGAUCUUGAUUUCCACACAUUGAAUCACAAGAUAUUGCAACCAGAGCAGUUUUCUAAAGGAGUUGCCAAGUUGGGUGAUAGAUUAUUUCGCGAGAAUGAAAUCUUUAAACCGAAAUAUCACCACAAUAUACCCAUUGAUGGGUGGACAAUGUAUGCAGAAAACUGCUGGGAGCAGAUUGAAAACAACAAAGAUUUGGAUCUCCCCACGCAGCAGAUUUUGGUUGCUCAGUUUAAAUGUGAUGAGAUUGUUGACACCGUGUUUAAUGAAUUUUUGAGCAAGUACAAUGAAUUGUUUAAAAAAUUAGAAGUCAGUCCCGUUUACGCAGACAUUGGUGCCUUGUUUAAAGAUGUCAAGAGCGAUGUUUUUGAAGAAUACGACCAUUUAGCAUCCAGGUAUAACCAAUCGGUGUACCAGCAAAAGAGGUUAAAGUUGGAUGGCUUGUUGAAUGCCAAGUUGAAGGAGGUUUUCGACUUGUAUGCCAAACAGUUGAUUAGCACAUCUACUGCAUCAUUCAAGAAGGAUCUAGCAGCAUUAAAAGGCAAAAACUUUGCCGAACAGUCCAAGAAAAUGGCUUUGGCAAUUUCCGAGCUAGUUGAACUUAACCUUGGCCUAAUCUCUUUGGAAGGCGCAUUUGAGAUUAAGGAACUUGUUAGUGGUUUCAACAGGGAAAUUUCCACAGCAGUGACCAAGCAACAGAAAUUGGAGUUGGACAAUAUUGUUAGCAAGUCGGUUAAAAAAUUGACUUCCACCUUGACCAAGACUAUGCAAUUGGAAUUGAAUGAUCCAAAUGAAAAGACGUGGGAUAAUAUUUAUAGCAACUUCCGGCAAUUAUUGAGUGAUUUCAAUUCCAAAUACGAUGGCGAUUUCGGAUUAAAUACAACCAAGGAAGAAAAUGAAUUUGCCACGAACAAAUUCCAAUUUCAAGCAUGGGUUUCAUUUUAUGACGUGAUUCGAAAAUUGAUAUUCAAGGAGAAGAUUGUUGAGCAGCUUCAAACCAGAUUUGACGAUAAAUUUAGAUACGACGAGAAUGGAUUACCUAAAUUGUAUCAGAAUGCAAGAGAAUUGGAAGAUUCAUUUGCCGCAGCAAAGACUUUUGCAUUGAACGUUUUACCCAUAUUGACAAUUGCGAAAUUGAGCGAUGAUUCGGAGAUAAUUCCCGAUUUUGACAUUUUUGAUAAGAAGUUGAGGAAUAGAUAUCUAGGCACAAAGAAAGCAACUGAAGUAGAGGAAGAAGAAGAAGAUGACAAUGACAAUGACGACGACGACGACGACGACGAUGGUGAUGAUGAUGAUGAUGAAACUAACAUGGGCAAUUUUGCCGAUAUCAUCAACGAAACAGAAAAGUCGCAAAUUCUAUCUAAAUUCAAAAAGGAGAUUGAUGCAAAAUUCGUUGAAACUAAGCGGGCAAUAAUCCAACACAUUACGCAAAUUCCAUUUUAUAUUUAUUUGAUCAUCAUUUUCUUGGGAUGGAAUGAAUUCAUGGCAGUUGUACGUAAUCCAUUUACGUUUUCGCUAGCAAUAAUUUUGGGUGCGUCGCUAUACAUUUUGUAUAGCAUGAACUUGUUAAAGCCAGCAUUAAUUGUUGGCCAGAGACUAGUUGACGAGGUGAUUGUUGUUGGUAAGGAGAAAUUGAGAGAAGUAUUGGUUGACGAUUAUCAAAGAAGGGAAGAAGUUGCUGCAAUAAAAGAUGAGGAAUGA